CUCCACAAUUCCAAAACAAAGAAAAAAAUCAAUUAAGAGAAAAUAAAACAAAAUGAAUUAUCCAUUCAACUUUCUAUGUUGUCUAAAACAUCUCAAACCACCAUCUCAUUUUCUCAGAAACCAUGGUCAUAUACCUCUCUCCUUCUCCACCUUCACAUUCAACUUCCAUAAUCAGAUUAUCCAAUUCAAAGAGACCCAUUUCAGACUCUUCAAUAAAGCUCAAAACCCAUUUCUCAAAAUCACUUCUUUCUCCUUCAUUCACUUCCUCAAACGUGAAAUUCACCACCAAGAAACACUUUUUACAUGAUAACAAAAAAAGGGUUGAUUUUAGAACAUGUGCUAUUGGUGGAUUUGAUUAUGGUAGCUUUGAAGGUCCUCAGUCUGUUCUUGAAGCUGCUGCUGUGUUAACAGCUAUCAUUGUUGUUCAUGAAAGUGGUCAUUUUCUUGCUGCUUCUCUUCAAGGGAUUCAUGUGAGUAAAUUUGCUGUUGGAUUUGGUCCAAUUUUAGCUAAGUUUAAUUCAAAAAAUGUUGAAUAUUCAAUUAGAGCUUUUCCACUUGGUGGAUUUGUAGGGUUCCCUGAUAAUGAUCCAGAUAGUGAUAUUCCUGUUGAUGAUGUAAAUUUGCUUAAGAAUAGACCAAUAUUAGAUAGAAUCAUUGUUGUUUCAGCUGGUGUUAUUGCAAAUGUAAUUUUUGCAUUAGUUAUUAUAUUUGUUCAAAUCCUUGCUGUUGGUUUACCUGUUCAAGAAAUUUUUCCUGGUGUGAAUGUACCCGAGGUUCGACCUUUUUCGGCCGCUUCUCGUGAUGGAUUGCUUUCGGGGGAUGUGAUUCUUGAAGUUAAUGGAAAUCAGUUUCUUAAACCUGGUCCGAAUUCGGUUUCUGAAGUUGUUGAUGUCAUUAAGAGUAAUCCCAAGAAAUAUGUUUUGCUUAAGGUUAAGAGAGGGGGAGAGGACUUUGAAAUUAGGGUUACCCCGGAUGAGAAUUUCGAUGGAACUGGUAAAAUUGGAGUUCAGUUAGCUCCGAAUAUUAAGUUGUCUAAGGUUAGGCCGAAAAAUGUAGUGGAAGCUGUGACCUUUACUGCAAAAGAGUUUUGGGGUUUAUCGUCGAAUGUUUUCGAUGGGUUAAAGCAGACAUUUUUAAACUUUUCUCAGUCAGCUAGUAAGGUUUCAGGUCCGGUUGCGAUUAUUGCUGUUGGUGCAGAAGUUGCGCGGUCAAACAUCGAUGGUCUUUACCAAUUCGCAGCCAUACUCAAUAUUAACCUUGCAAUUAUAAACCUUCUUCCUUUACCGGCUUUGGAUGGGGGAACAUUGGCUUUGAUUCUCGUUGAGGCUGCUAGGGGCGGAAGAAAGCUACCUCUUGAAGUGGAGCAACGGAUCAUGUCAUCGGGAAUUAUGCUUGUUUUGAUUCUUGGGUUAUAUCUUAUUGUUCGCGAUACUCUUAACCUUGAUUUUUUCAAGGAAAUAUUGUAAUUGAUAUGAAGUCUGAUUAGCAAUGGGAUUUGAAUUAUAUUUCAUGAUUCUCACCUGCAAUGCUGUUGCACCUGGUUGGUAGCCGAUGAAGUUAUCCAGGGAGGAGACAAAGAUCAUUGUAAAUGAUUGAGGCAAGUUUCUUCCUCUAGGGAUGUUAUGUGAGAAGCAACUCGAUCUCUCUUUGUUACUAAUUCAUUAAUCAGAUCGGGAUCGAAUUUGUGGUCCUCUAAUAUCAAUUUACAAGUUACAAAUACUAGUUUCUAUUUUGUUUUUUUGCGCAUAAAACGUGUAGAAAAACUAGUUUCAUUUGUGAAUUUAAAUAUAUUCUCCUCUAUA